UUUCAACUUCAAGAAGAAUGCAAAGCAUUGUUUCUCAGAACAAGGAGCAACACUUCAGCACUAUAUGAAGAAUUAAUAGUUAGAGUAUGUAAAAUUCAAAAAAAUGACUAUAGAAUGGCUACGUUAGUCAAAGACAUGGGUAAUUGGUUCAACGUAUAUCGACGUAUGGAAAAAAUUUUACAAUUGCACCUAAAAGCUACUAACUUGCUAGAAUUAAAAAAAAAUCCAGGAAUACUUAUAAAACUUAGAAAUUUUGUGUAUCAAGCAGUUAGAAAUGUUCUAAUUGCACAGCAAUACAAGCAAGAUACUAAAAAAGUGAUUAAGAAAUGUGAUGAGAUUACUUUAGAUUUAAAGAUUCCAAGUAAAUAUGGAAUA